AGAAUAUGCUCUUUGCUGUGAAACCCCUGGAUGGCAGGGUGGUCCUUUGAUUAAGGAUGAGCCAUCAUUUGAGAUGCUUCCGUUGACUGGGAAAACAAUCAUAUUUGAUAGCUUUCCCGACCCUUCAGAUACCUGGGAAAUAAUUGAGACUAUUGGCAAAGGAACUUAUGGAAAAGUUUUCAAGGUAUUAAAUAAGAAAAAUGGCAGCAAAGCAGCAGUCAAAAUCUUGGAUCCUGUUCAUGAUAUUGAUGAAGAAAUUGAAGCUGAGUACAACAUUUUGAAGGCUCUCUCUGAUCAUCCCAAUGUAGUCAAAUUCUAUGGCAUGUACUAUAAGAAAGAUGUGAAAAAUGGAGACCAGCUUUGGCUUGUUCUUGAGCUGUGCAAUGGUGGAUCUGUGACUGAUCUUGUGAAAGGGUUUCUGAAGAGAGGUGAAAGGAUGAAUGAACUUAUAAUUGCUUACAUUUUACGUGAAGCUCUGAUGGGACUUCAGCAUUUGCAUGAAAACAAAACUAUCCACCGUGAUAUUAAAGGAAAUAAUAUCCUUUUGACCACUGAAGGAGGAGUCAAGCUUGUGGAUUUUGGUGUGUCUGCUCAGCUGACCAGCACCCGUCUCCGCCGGAACACCUCCGUGGGCACCCCGUUCUGGAUGGCUCCAGAGGUGAUUGCCUGUGAGCAGCAGCUAGAUAGCUCAUACGAUGCCAGAUGUGAUGCAUGGUCUCUGGGUAUUACUGCAAUAGAGUUGGGAGAUGGAGAUCCACCCCUUGCUGAUUUGCACCCUAUGAGGGCACUCUUCAAAAUACCAAGGAAUCCUCCUCCAACACUUCAGCAGCCUGAACUGUGGUCAUCCGAAUUCAAUGACUUCAUUAACAAGUGCUUGACUAAAGAUUAUGAGAAGCGCCCAACGGUAUCUAGUCUUUUGCAGCAUGAUUUUAUUAAGCAAAUUGAAGGAAAGGAAAACAUGCUGCAAAGGCAACUCAUGGAAUUUAUCGAUGUUCAUCAACAAAUGGGAGUCACUGAAAAGGCAAGGUUUGAACGUAUUCAUACGAAGAAAGGGAACUACAGUAAGUCACUAGUUUCAAACCAAGAAGAGGUAGAUGAUUUAGCUACCUUGGAGGUACUGGAUGAGAAUACAGUAACAGAGCAGUUGCAGAAGGGUUAUGCCAAGGAUCAAAUCUACACAUAUGUUGGGGACAUUCUCAUCGCUGUCAAUCCAUUUCGGAACGUAGACAUUUAUUCUUCACAGCAUUCCAAACUGUAUAUUGGAGCUAAACGGACUGCCAACCCUCCUCAUAUUUUUGGUGUUGCUGAUAUAGGUUAUCAGUCCAUGGUGACAUACAACUCCGAUCAGUGUAUUGUAAUUUCUGGAGAAAGUGGAGCCGGCAAGACACAAAGUGCCCAUCUUCUAGUUCAGCAACUCACUGUCCUGGGAAAGGCUAAUAACAGGACUCUACAGGAGAAGAUCCUCCAGGUGAAUAACCUUGUAGAAGCAUUUGGAAAUGCAGGCACUAUCAUCAAUGAUAACUCCAGCAGAUUUGGAAAAUACUUGGAAAUGAAAUUCACUUGUGGUGGCACUGUAGUAGGAGCUCAGAUUUCAGAGUACCUCCUUGAAAAAUCCAGGGUUGUCCACCAGGCAGUAGGAGAGAAAAAUUUCCAUAUUUUUUAUUAUAUUUAUGCUGGUCUGGCAGAAAAGAAAAAAUUGGCACAUUACAAAUUGCCAGAAUAUAGACCUCCCAGAUAUCUGCAAAAUGAUCAUUUCAGAAUAGUGCAAGAUUUUAUGAACAAUAGCUUUUAUAAGUCUCAGUUUGAAUUAAUUGAACAGUGCUUCAAAGUCAUAGGUUUUACACUGGAGGAACUUGGAAGUGUGUACAGUGUUCUGGCUGCCAUUUUAAAUGUGGGGAACAUUGAAUUUUCUACAGUGGUGUCUGAACAUAUGAUUGACAAGAGCAACAUUUCCAAUCCAGUAGCCCUUGAGAACUGUGCAUCCUUGCUGUGUAUUCAGGCAGAUGAACUGCAAGAGGCACUUACCUCUCACUGCGUAGUAACUCGAGGAGAAACAAUUAUUCGUCCCAACACUGUGGAAAAAGCCACGGAUGUCAGAGAUGCCAUGGCCAAAGCACUCUAUGGGCGCCUCUUUAGCUGGAUAGUCAAUCGCAUCAAUACUCUUCUCAAACCUGACAAACAUUUAAGUGGAAAUGAUGAUGGUUUGAACAUUGGAAUUCUUGAUAUCUUUGGCUUUGAGAAUUUCAAAAAAAAUUCGUUUGAACAACUCUGUAUCAACAUUGCCAAUGAACAAAUCCAGUUCUACUUCAAUCAACAUGUCUUUGCCUGGGAACAGAAUGAGUAUUUAUAUGAAGGUGUUGAUGCAAGAGUUAUAGAAUAUGAAGACAACAGACCACUCUUAGAUAUGUUCCUGCAGAAACCAAUGGGUUUGUUAUCCCUGCUGGAUGAGGAAAGUCGAUUCCCACAAGCAACAGAUCAGACACUUGUAGAAAAGUUUGAAGACAAUUUGAAGUCAAAGUAUUUUUGGAGACCCAAAAGAGUAGAUCUAACCUUUGGGAUUUAUCAUUAUGCAGGAAAGGUUCUAUAUAAUGCAAGUGGAUUCCUAGCCAAAAACAGAGAUACCCUGCCAGCUGAUAUCGUGCUGCUACUGCGAUCAUCUGAAAACAAUCUGAUACGCCAGUUGGUAACCCACCCUCUUACAAAAACAGGUAACCUAGCACACAGUAAAAGCAAAACUACAAUCAGUUACCAGAUGUGGACCCCCCAGAAAUCAAUCAGUCAUACGAAGAAUGAAGCAGGAGAUACUGGACAUCAUCCAAGAGAGACAACCAGUAUGAAAACACAGACAGUUGCUUCUUAUUUUAGAUAUUCCCUGAUGGAUUUGUUAUCCAAAAUGGUUGUUGGCCAGCCUCAUUUUGUCAGGUGCAUCAAGCCAAACAAUGACCGUCAGGCAAACAAGUUUGAUAAAGAAAAAGUGCUGGUUCAGCUGCGCUACACCGGAAUUCUGGAGACAGCAAGGAUUCGAAGACAGGGUUAUUCACACCGUAUACUCUUUGCUAACUUCAUAAAACGGUAUUAUCUCAUCUGUUACAAAACAAAUGAUGAUCCUCCAGUCAGCCCAGAAACCUGUGCUGCCAUCUUGGAAAAAGCUCACCUGGACAACUGGGUUCUUGGAAAAACUAAAGUGUUCCUCAAAUACUAUCACGUGGAGCAGCUGAAUUUAAUGCGAAAGGAGACAGUUGACAGGAUUAUUUUGAUUCAGGCUUAUGUCAGAGGGUGGCUGGUGUCAAGAAGAUACAAAAAGAUAAAGGAACAAAGGGAACAAAGUGUUAUUAUAAUACAGUCAGCUUACAGGGGUUUUGUUGCUCGUAAAGAAUACACAAAAGCAAAACGUAAUCAAAAAAUGGAAAAAUACAUUGUUAGACUUCAAGCAAUUGCCAGAGGAUACUUACUCAGGAAGAAGAGGAAAGAACUAACUGAGGCAAGGAGCAAAGCAGCAACAGUAAUUCAGUCUUACUACAGGGGAUAUAAGGAGAGGAAGAACUUCAAAAGGAUGAGGGAAUCACUUAGAAAGAAACAAACUGAAAAUGCAUCAUCCUUUAGUGAAAAGGAAAAGGAUGAAGAACUUCAAGAUAAUGAGGAAAGUCCAGCUGGAGUGAAGAGUGUCCUUCCAAAAACAGAAGAAGAAGCAGCUAUUAUUGUUCAGAGCAAUUACAGAGGCUACAGAGCACGUAAAAAAAUAAAGGAACAAUGCAAAAAAAUAGGAGAGGAAGAACUAUCUGCUGUCGAAUACUUUGAAGCACAACUGCAGCCACUUCAAAAUGUUACACUGGAAGAAGCAGUGAAUGAGGAGAUGCAAGAUGAAGGUGAUGCUGUUACUGAUAGUGAGUGUGCUAGGGACAGUGACACAGGGAAAGUACAGGAGCAAAAGAAAAUGCCUACUAAAGAAGAGACAGUUUCCAUGAAGCAGAACCCUGCAGUAGAGCAUGCUGGUGAAGGUGAAGACCAGGCAUCUUUGGAAGAGUCAUCCAGCAAAGCUUCUGUCAAAAUCACAGCUGAACCUGAUCUCCAGCAAGGGCAAACUAACCAAGACACACUCAGUGCAGAUGGGCAAAAUCAAGAAUCCGCUGUGGUCCAGCCCAAGACCAACAGGGAUGUGGAAAGAAACCAUGUGAAACACGAAGUGAUGACGCCUAGAGAAUGUAAAGGAAUUAUAAGAAAAGAGUCAAUAAGAGGCUCAAGGAAACAAGCUGAAGCAGAAAAACGAGGUUCAGAAGACAAAGAGAAGGCAGCAGUGGUUAUUCAGAGCAAUUACAGGGGUUACAGAAGGAGGGGACAACUCAGAAAAGAAGGGAAAUUACCUUGCAAAAGUCAAGAGAAAAAUAUAAAGGAGCCAACAGAAGCAGUACAUAUUCAAAAUAAUGAUCCCCAAACAACAAAAGAUAGGGAAAACACUGUUACGGAGGCUGAGGACUCUAAGACGCUGAAGGGAGGCUCAGAGAAAGAGCCUUGUGACUUGGCAGCUUUUUCACGGCAGAUAUCGAAAUUAUCUGAAGACUACUUAGUGUUGCAGCAAAAAUUAAAUGAAAUGAUAUUGUCACAUCAGCUGAGACCCGUGAUGCUGUCCAAAGAUAAGCAAACUAAUGACCAACUUUCUUCUAAUGUUUGUCAGUCAGUUGCAGCCAAAGUUGAAGACUCUCGCCCAAAGCAGAGACCCCCAAGGAGGCCACGGAAGCCCAAGACAUUAAACAAUCCAGAAGACUCCACAUACUACACUCUAAUACAUAAAUCAAUGCAAGAUGAAAAACGGAAACCAAGAAAAGAAAGUCUGAGCAAAGUGCUAGACUUAGAUGUCUAUUACCAUGAAAUUUCAUCUCCUGAUUGCACCUCAAAGGACAGCAGCUCUGUCACAAAAAAGAAGAGACAUCCAGCUGAGCGCAGGAUUUCAACUUUAAGAGCUACCGAACGGUCAAGGGUUGCUGAAAGCCCCCUGGAAGAGAGUAAACCCGAAGAUAAUCCCUAUGACUACAGAAGACUGCUGCGGAAGACCUCGCAGCGCCGGCGCCUUAUCCAGCAGUUCUAGCUGCUGCUGCUGCUGUUGCUGCUGCCGUUUGGCUUUUAUUAGCAUAAUCUUUUUUAUCAUUUUAUACCAUGAGCAUCCUUUUUUUUUUAAUCUGUGAUGUUUCAAGUUUACGUGUGUUCAUGUGAAUACGAAUUACUGUAGUUACAGCCCAACACCGUUGCAAAGGGACACUGUCAGUCACGUACCAUAUACUUUAAAAAUAAUAAAAAAUCAGGUUUUUCUUUAGAUACCACUGCUACAUCUUAAAAUUAUUAAACAUAAGCGGCUUAAAUCUAGGUUACAUUUCUCAGUGCAUAUCUCUUUCCUUUCUGCAUUUCAUCAGUCUUACCCUAUUAAAAUAGACCAUUUAGUUUACAGUUUCCCGGUUAAGCAUUCAAAUUUCCAUAUGCACCUUCAGAAAACCUUAGUUAUUGUUUCUAAUAAAUUGUUUUACAGGGAAAAAAAUUAAAAGAACAGCAUAGGGGAAUUUCUGUUUAUUUUAGGUUUACAAUGCCUAAAUUUGAGGAUGAACUGUAUGUGUGUCCCUGUAAUGAAACAAAUGAAUUGAUUAAUUGGAUAGCGUACUAUAGCAGUUUAUUUCAUUAUUGACUUUACUGUAAAGCUAGUAGCCAGUUUUAAAGGUCAAUAUUGUGUGUAUAAUUUUUACAUUGAAGACAUCUAUUUAUGGGAAGUAUAUCCAGCCCUGUCCUCUGCCUCUGCGCUUUGUUACUAAACGAUGAACUUCUAAAUCGUGUUGCUUUGUUCUGCUUUGCAUUAGAUUUUUUAGGAAUCUUAAUCUCUGGGGUGCCAAGAAAGAAAUAGAAAGACGCUCUCUGGUUGAUUGCUGCCUAAAUGUAAUGAUCAUUCUUAAUCAGUUCCUCUAGAAAUUAAAUAGAAAUAAAAGCAAUAGCCACUGCGUUCAAAAUUUCCCCCGAUUCCUUAUUCAAAAGACCUUAUUUCACAGAAACCACGCGGAUAAUUGCUCAGCUUCCUUUCAGGAUUCAUAAUUGCACGUUCCCAGCUGCAAAACAAGAGAAGGCAAAUUUCAUGAACCCCAUGCAAAGGCCUGAUCCUGCUGUCUUGCUUAGCUCUCCUAAAUGCUACAAUUAGCAGCAGCAGCAAGCCACAGAGGUUGGGUUUUUGUUUCCCCCACCCAGACACUUGGCCUUGCCCCAGGGACAGGUAGUGAUUGCUUCCCAGUCUUGAAGAAGCUACGAGGCCACGGCACUGGAUUAAACUUUGCUGCAGUGUAAAAUCUGUGAUAAAUCGUUUAAAUUUUGAAAUCUAUUUUGAAAUUGCUUUCUCAUGUAUUAUUAAAACCGUGAAUAAAAAGGCACAAGGCAG